AUGGCAACUCCACGUCACUUCCAGCACUGGUAUUAUCAAUGGGGCGAAGGCAUGCAGCAUAAGCUUCAGAAUGAGGAUGAAUGCGCCGGCAUGUUCAGAGCCUACCUAGAAGGGACAAUGUCAUGGUGUCACGACGAAGGUUGCUACGUAGGCAGCGUAGUUGACUGCCUUUUGGGUAAUACGCUGGAGUCUUGGAAGGCUAAUAUGGCAUCAGCGGCAACAAUUUUAGGUCUCUUGCCUACAAUACUAGCUGUAGGAGGACGACCUAGCACUGUCGAGGUUGGCCUCUUAUCAUUGCGCCGACCGUUUUUGGCCUUUUUGCUGGGAGUCGGCACCCCUGGCAUUACGUCCAUACCAGCCUUCGAGUACAAGAGUCCAAUCCAAAUGCUGCAGAAGCAGUCGGACAGCAUCAGCACGCCAAAACUGUCGAAACUUUUGGCUAUUGCCAUUGCUGCGGUUCAAUAUAUCUUUGCCUGCGCUGCGAUAGCCAAUAUUGCGCAAACAAGCUGGCAGCUUGGUGUUUCUACAGUCUGCAGCAUGGCGUUUGACAACGCAUGGCUUCCGCUUUUAUGGACCUUUUCUACUCAGAUAUACUGA